GCCCCGCGCCGCGCCGAUUGGCGAGCGCUACCGUGCGGAGCGGCGGUUGGCCAGCGAGCCCGUCAGUCCGCCGAGCCCCGUCCCCGCCCCGCGAUCCCCUUCGGCCGGCCUGAGCCUCGUCCUCGGUAGCGGUGGUGGGCGCCGUCCCGCGGGUGGGCGGCCGGGCGGCCUGGGGGGCUUACAGCGCCCGCCUCGUCGCCGGUGCCGGCGGGUUCCCCGCGCCGAGAGGGCUCGCGGGCGACGCUGGGAGAAGCUGUGCCCGGACAGGAAUGUCAUGCUUUUAAACAAGAGAUGGUCCUGCUGAGUAGCCAGAGCUAGACCUAACAACGAACUGAUGGAGGUGUGCAGCAAAAUGGGUUGAGUGAGUGCAGACCCACCUUAUUCCACUCAAACCAUUCUGAUGCCAAAUUCUGGAAGGUGUACGCUCAGACGAGUGGCUGAGGACUUUGAGUUUAUCUAGUUUGGAGAAAAGGAGGCUGAGGGGUGACAUCACUGCUCUCUGCAGCUUCCUAAGUGUAGUUACUCUUGCUCUGUCUUCACUUCUGCUCAGAGAGAACUACACGUCUAAAUGGGUUUAAGCUGACAAAGAAGAAAAGACAACCUCUGGUGAUAUGUGUAUUUACAUCCUGAUUUAUCCACUUUGCUUCUGGCAAUCUAUGAAUGAGGUCUGCUGCAAUGUGCCUGUGAACUUUCUGUUCAAACAGAUAAGGAAUUCUAUUUGGAUCAUGCUGUCUCAUCAGUGCUGGCUGAGCUAAAGCUUCAUGUGUCUAGGGGAGAGCAUGUAUAAAAGGAAUGACUUCAUGGCCAAUGUGAUGGUCACCUCUGCAACUCCAGAGGGUAGUAGCAGCUCAGAUUCCCUGGAAGGACGAAGUUCAGAUUAUGCCAACAAAAGCUAUGAUGCAGUUGUAUUCGAUGUGUUGAAAGUAACUCCUGAGGAGUUUGCUAGUCAGAUUACAUUGAUGGAUACGCCAGUAUUUAAAGCUAUACAGCCUGAGGAACUAGCCAGCUGUGGAUGGAAUAAGAAAGAAAAACAUAUCCUUGCUCCAAAUAUUGUUGCCUUUACUAGAAGGUUUAACCAGGUCAGUUUUUGGGUUGUACGAGAAAUAUUAACAGCACAGACCUUAAAAAUAAGGGCAGAAAUAUUGAGCCAUUUUGUGAAAAUAGCUAAAAAGCUUCUAGAACUGAAUAACCUUCAUUCUCUUAUGUCUGUGGUGUCAGCACUGCAAAGUGCGCCUAUCUUCAGACUUACUAAAACCUGGGCUCUUUUGAAUCGCAAAGACAAGACCACCUUUGAGAAGUUAGAUUAUUUACUGUCUAAGGAAGAUAAUUAUAAAAGGACACGAGAGUACAUCAGAAGCUUAAAAAUGGUUCCUACUAUUCCAUAUUUAGGAAUUUAUCUCUUGGAUUUAAUUUACAUUGAUUCUGCAUAUCCCGCUUCAGGCAGCAUUAUGGAGAAUGAACAAAGAUCAAAUCAAAUGAACAAUAUUCUCCGAAUAAUAGCUGAUCUACAAGUCUCCUGUAACUACGAUCAUCUUACAACACUACCCCAUGUGCAAAAGUAUUUGAAGUCUGUCCGUUACAUUGAAGAACUUCAGAAAUUUGUAGAAGACGACAAUUAUAAAUUAUCAUUAAGAAUUGAGCCAGGUAACAGCUCUCCUCGACUGGUUUCCUCCAAAGAAGAUCUUGCAGGUCCAUCUGAUGUGUCAGCAAUUAUGAAAUUUGGCAGAAGACCAACAUGUCCAGAUGCUUCAGUAGCAGCAAGUCUACCUACGCCUCCUGUACCAAGGCACAGGAAGAGUCACAGCCUGGGAAACAACAUGAUGUGUCAGCUCAGCGUGGUGGAGAGCAAAAGCGCCACCUUCCCGACAGAGAGGCCACGACACCUCCUGGAUGACAGCGUCCUGGAGUCCCAGAGCCCAGCUCGCGGACACACACUCCACUCUCUUUUCACCAAUGGCCUGACCAUAGAUAGCAGUGAAAGCUCAGAAUUUAGUGAGGAGCUGCCAUCAGGGCUUGAAAGGAGUCGUUUAUAUGCCACGCUGGGGCCUAACUGGAGGGUACCGAUCCGGAAUUCUCCUAGAAGUCGAAGCUGUGUCUACAGGUACAGUUCCAGCCCAACAGGGGCCUGCAGCUGCUCAUUAGGUAGUUCCACAGAAGUCAUUAGCAUGGAAGGGCCAUUAAGAAGAAAAACAUUGCUCAAAGAAGGCAAGAAACCUACUCUCUCUUCAUGGACUAGAUACUGGGUUAUCCUUUCAGGAUCAACUCUUCUGUAUUUUGGAGCAAAAUCUUUAAGAGGCACUGAAAGAAAACAUUAUAAAUCUACACCUGGUAAGAAAGUCUCCAUUGUGGACUGGAUGGUGGCACUGCCUGAUGACCCUGAGCAUCCUGAUAUUUUCCAGCUAAAUAACCCUGACAAAGGCAAUGUUUACAAGUUCCAGACUGGUUCACGAUUUCAUGCAAUAUUAUGGCAUAAGCAUUUGGAUGAUGCAUGCAAAAGCAGCAAGCCUCAGAUACCUGCUAAUCUAAUGUCAUUCGAGUAAUUUGGUCUCCCACCUGGUAUGACUUCAAGUGCCAAACUGAAGAAACAGGCUGUUGUUUUCUAAGGAGGAAGAGGAGAAUGGUUUCUCUGAUAUGAGCUAUCCACAAAUACUUCAGCACUUUUCUGUGUAACUUGAAAGUUAUUCUGACGCAGCUUUUAAAAGCAGAAAGUGAAUGCUGCCCUAUAGGACCAGAUGUAGUCUCAUGUAUGGAGUGAAAGCAGACAGUUAGGUGGACAGAAGAUUAAUCCUGACUCCUGGGGGAUUAUAGAGCCCUCCACUUUUUGUGGUCGAAGACUGCCAUGAACUGAUGUUUGAUCACAAACUGAGCAUCAUAUCUUCUGCCUAUUCUUUUUUUAAACAGUCCUUUUUAUUGUUAAGCUGCUUUGUGUGACUGAAGAAUAUUUGGCCCAUGUUGGGUUUCAGUUCUUUCUAAUGCACAGAAUGAUUCACAGUGUUAACUUGCUGCAAAGUGUCAAUUAGAAUAGAAAAUUGUGGAAUAACAUUUUUAUAAUCUAAGUGCACUGAGUUGCUUGUCAAUGCGGCUGCCUCAGAUUUUGUAUCAAAACUCUGGACAAUCCUGAUGUUCACAUUUGAGCUAUUUGGUAAAAAAUGUAUUUUGGCACAGGACACUUGGUUUUCUUUUCAUUCAGUUACGUUACUCAGAAAUGCCGUGACACUGGGUUUUAGGCUAUGUUGUGCUAAAGGUUUUAUUCUCUUACUAGUGGCCUAGUUGCUACAAGUUUGGGUUUUUCUUCAGUCUGAAUGUAGUUCAUCUUGAAUCCCUUGGUACAGCAGCACAGGUAAUCAGGUGUUAUGGUAUCAUGUGGCCCUGGCUCCUCAGAAUGAUUCUGUAUCGUCAUUUCUAUUCUGCCUUUCUGUGGGUGACUCAGCUCCACUCCAUUCCAGUACAUGACAUAUAAUACUAGCACAUGGUACUGCUAGUGUGAAGUCAUGAUGGCAGUGUAAGCUAGGGAAGAAAUUCUGACAGUGGAGCAGGUACAAAGCCUCCACAUGACCUGUGUUGUUAAACAUAGGUCAACUGUAACUUUUAUUUUAAGUGUUCGUGUUACAAUCCUGAGAAUGAAACCUAACACAAACCAACUUUUUAAGAAAACCAAUUCCUGAUAACAAAUCAUUUAGAUCCUGGGACAUGUGAAUGUGUAUGUAAAGUUGACAGAGUUUCUUUGAUAGGUCAGGACUUGUGUGAAAAGAGUGGUAAUGCAAAAUAUAUUUAUACCUUCUUUCUCCUUCUUUUCUACAUUAAGACAGCUUUAAGGUAGGAAAAACACCAAUAUGUGGAAGGCAGAGCAUACAGUGCCAUUAGAGACAGCACAGCAGCGUUUGAAUGUGGUAAAAUCCUGCCACCAGUAAAUGACUUCAGACCGUUAGGAUAUGAUAUAAUCUAAAUUAUUCUGCACCUGCAGACUUUUGUGAUUAGUUACCAAUGAAAUUAUUCAUGCAGAUGUGUUACGUGGACUGCCAUUUCAAUGAAUGUGCCACCUAUGACCAUGUAUAUUCUGUGUUACUAGCACGCACAGGGUUUGAACUAUGUGACCAAAAUGAUGAUACACUAACCAAAACAGAACUGUUAAAGUGAAGAGGUUUUUUAAAAUUACUUUAUUACCAGCUCUUUCCCUCUCAAAGGGAAUAACCUGAUGUGUCUUAAAUAUAAGAUAAAUUUAAAAUUGAAUACUUAUUGGCAUGAAAUGUAUAUAACCUACAAGCAUGUAAAUACCUUCUAAUUUUUAAUGUGAUGUAGUGGAUUGAACACCAGUGAGGACUCAUGACAUUUUUUUCCAGCAUAUUGCAAUGGAGAUAAAUGAAUAGAUGUUUUAACAACUUUCAGUUACGUUCAACAGGCUUUCCUUGAAAAGAACAAUAACUGAUGACUGAUGAAGUAGUAAUAGAAUGAGUCUGUACGCAUUCAGAAUUUAAUGGCUUUUAGAAUAUAAGGAUCUCAAAAAAAUAUGUUACUGUACGUACAACAGGUAGUGUUCUGGCCUUCAAAAAUGUACAUCUGCCCAGAAUUACAAGUUGUAAGUUACAAAAAGGUCCAUUUACACUUGCUUGUAAAACAGAUUCCCAUCUAGAAAGGAAACAUCUUUGCCAGAAACCAUGAAGAGCCCCAAAACAGUGUGGUACGAUUAAAAGCAAUAUUUAUGAAUUAUUUUAUAUCCAGUCAUUUGAUCACUGACAAAAGAUGAGUCUGUGAGAAAUUACACCCACCAAUCCUAUUCAAUCCGCGAUCUCAAAUCCUGCUCAAAACUUUGGAAUUUGGAAAUAUGUCAAAGGUAACUUGAAUUUCUUCACACUGCUAUGAAUGUAUGCAGCAUUAGAUAAAAGAAAGAUGAACACAGGAAGUAAUAGUUUUACAUACACAGUAGUUGAGCGUAAUGUCUUUUUAGUAUAGCACAAUUGUGAAAUUGCUGCAUGAUAUUAAAAAAAUUCAGAAUGAUGGCAAUGUAAGAAUAUUAUUAAAAUUUCUUAAACCAGUUUUAAAUGUGGUUUGGUACCAUUUGCUCUUGGGUGGCACUUUUACUACUAAUUGAAAGCUACUAUUGAAAUACAUGUUGCAUACCAGUACUGAGUAAUCGGCAUUUUCACAGAAAUUGUCACAAACUGUACAAGUUUUCAUCUGUCAAAGAGAGUAACAGCCAUAGUUGUUUAAAAAUAAACAUCUCAGAAUUACUGUUUUCAGAAUUGUGAAGAUAUAAAAAUGUAUGUAGGCAAUAUUAGUAAUCUAUUAAUGUUCAAUUUUGAUGUAAUUCAGUGCCAAAAUGUUUGUUUUUCCAAAUAGCACUAAAACGAGGCAAACAAAGUAGUUUUCAAAUUGCAACUUACUUGUCACAUUGUAAUGUAAACCGAUUUCAACAUUUUGGUUUGUGUGAAAACUGUUGCACUAAAACAACUGUUUUGGCUGUAUUUUCCAGCAGUCCACUGCAUGCCAUUUGUGUAAGGAUUCUUUCUAUAAUUCUUGUGAACUGUCUCACCCAUAAUAACCUUGACGUUGGAAUCUAGGUUUUUGGCAAAGUAUUUUGUUACCUCAGUCUUGUAUCAAGUUGCUGUAUUUUUCCGUUUGUUACAUUGAUAAGGAUUGUUUCACUAAUUAAAUACUUUAAUGUAAAAAAAAAUUGUUUACUUGAACAGCAGUUG